UUAAAAAUAGCUGGCACACGAGAAAAUAUAAAAACAAAACAGUAAAAAUUAAACAGUGACAAUUCUGUCACGAACAAUAAAAGUGAAUGUUAAUUAUUUCAUUAAUUACGAUAAUAUGGAAGACGAAUUUAAGAGGCCAAAGGUUGCUUGGAGUGACGAUUUGAGUCAUGAUUCCGAGGAAGAGAGAGAGCGCGAGCGCCUCGCUCAACUCGAGAAAGAACUAGCCGAAACGCCAAUCAAGCCUUCCUAUGACCCUGAAGAGUUGCACAAGCUGAUCGGCUACAUCAUGAGGAUCACGACACUCUACGAUUUACGCGAGGAAGAUUGGACCGAAGACGUGAAGCAUGGCAUCGAGGAGUGGCUUUUAGAACCGAGAUCUUUGAUCCUAUGCAUUUAUUUUAGAGGCGACAAGUUGAAGUCGAUCAGCGACAUCCCACUGUCGCCGGUGUACGAUCUUACGUAUUUCAUUCGCGCGCCCGACUUCGUUUUCAAGUCUGAUACAUUUCACGAUGACAUAAUCUUUGGUACUUUCGUUGAUUCGGUCGAGUCGAACGUUAUACAGAUCCUGGAAAACGUUUACGCCCCGUAUUUCUUUGCCGUCAACGCCUGGCCCGAUAGCGUAAAAAGCGAAUUCUGCUCUCAAAUCCACACGUUUUUGGCGAAGCUAACGGACAUGUAUUACAAAAUGCUCGGUCUCACCGUAUUGUAUAUACCUAGAGAGGGACAGCAGCUGACGUUCGAACAGGCCAGCGCAGACCGGGAGCUGGUGAAAAGGCUGGAAGGGGUUGUGGUAUACUGGACGCAUCAGAUCAAAUCGUGCUUGGAGGACCAUGCGUUUGUGGCGUCACAGAAAGAGCUCUUGUGCCCGAGUGAUGAAUACGACUUUUGGAUAUAUCGGCACGAAAACUUAAAUGCCCUGCUAUACCAAUUGAAGAAUCCAGCGGUAAGACACAUCACGAAAACACUGGUGACCACACACUCGACUUUCAUUCACCAAUUCCAAACUCUUUGCCAAGAAGUCAUUCAGAAGAUCAACGAAGCCACUUCCAACAUUGAAUACUUACAAGUGAUCAAACAGCCUUGUGCGAUUUUGGAAUGCGUCAUAGAUCCCGAUGAAAUAGCCAAACACGUUCCCCAAAUAAUCAAUCUGUUCAGAUUUAUCUGGAUGGAGUCCCCAUAUUACAACUCCGAGGCCAGAAUAACAAAUUUAUUCAAGGCCCUGAGCAAUCAAAUCAUAAUACUGUGCAGGAAUUACGUAAAUCUAGACGAGCUGUUUGAGGGGGAAACUAAGAAAGCGCUCGGUGAAUUCACAAAGUGCAUUGAGUGUUGCAAGAAAUACCGCGAAAUUUACGACACGAUGGCCGAGGCUCACUGCGAUUCGAAGCCAGACUCUUGGAAUUUGGACACUGGUAGCAUUUUCAAUUACAUCGAUUCCUUCGUUCAGAGGUGCUUUGAUAUGUUAGAAGUUUGUAACUGCAUGAUUAUUUUUGGAAGGAUCGACGAACUAGAACACAUCAAUAAGCCGAUGUUCAGUGGCGCUCGCGGUGACCAGUUCGAGGCUAAAUGCGAUCAAAUUGAGCACAUGUUUCAAGAUGCGCUACUCAACGUCCGCAGAGUGUCGCGCGCCAUACUAGACGUCCAGGCGCCGGCCUGGUACGACGAUAUCCUGCAGUUCAGGACUGUCAUCAAGGAUAUUGAGAUUAUCAUAGAGAACUUGGUGGAGUCAGUCUUUGAAGGUGUGAAUCACGUGGAAGAGGCUGUGGUCGCUCUGUUUUCGCUCAACAAUUACUCCAAGCGGAAGAGUUUGAAACGGAUUUUCAAGAAGAAAACUGCAGAGGUUUGGGCGAUGUUUAGCGACGAGGUACAGGAAGCUAAAAAGGAUAUGGUCUCGAAUCGAGGUCAGUUUCCAGCUGAUCUGCCGUCCUUUGCAGGGCGAGCUAUUGUACUCAAGACGAGGAAAAACAGACUUGUGUACUUGAAAAAGGUGAUGACUGAUGCCUCAGUAUGGAUGAUGGCGUGCAGUAACUCGGAAGACGUUAUCAUGCACGUAAACAGACUGAUGGGCGCCAUCGAUGUUGCCAUACGCGAACUGUGGAUUUCCUGGACGCACAAUUUAGAUGAAAAAUGUAGCGCGGGCUUGAACAGGACCUUGAUGCGGAAGAGCGCAGAGAACUUAGGACUCUUGGAGUGCAACAUCGAUAUGAACAUUUUGGAUCUUUGUAAGGAGGCAGCACAUUGGGAAAACUUGGGACAAGAUAUCCCAUUGCACGCUUAUCAGGUAUACAUGAAAAGCAAAACUAUUUACUAUGUUUACGAAAGCGUGUUGGCCGUGGUUAAGGGAUACAACAAGAUAAUCGACUCGCUGUCUGACGAUGAAAGAUUACUCUUCAAGCCUAUGAUUACAGCUUGCGACAAGAAAGUACAGCCGGGCAUUUCAAAAUUAACUUGGACUUCAAAUAUGUCCGACGCCUACAUUGCCGAUUGCGUUACACAAAUUGGAGAAUUUCAAGACUUUUUAACGACGUACAAGAAUUGCAAUGUUAAUUUAGUGAAAAUCAUGGAGAAAAUAUGCGACACUCCACUGAUCGAGUUUGACGUCUAUAAUGUUUUUGAGAUCAAAGACUUACGAGCUAAAAUACGAACUAUGCAAGCAGGGGCUGCUUCUAAAAUAUUGGACAUGUACAAGGAAAUUGUGAUUUAUAUAAUCAUAGUUUAUGAGGGUUUCGAACCGUAUAUACCUCAGAUGGCUGAAUAUUGGGUUCGGUACGUGAGAAGGUUUGAUCGUUUAUUAGAAGACGCACUAAGGUUAGCUAUCAAAGGAACUAUGCAGAACAUUUAUAAAUGUGUUCACGGUGAUGGGACAAUGGCGCCGGCACCUCUUAUAAAAAUGAAACUUUUCUUGACCGGAAAAGAUAUCGUUUACGUACCAACCGAACAGGAAAUAAAGGAUACAUUCAAUUCUAUCCUCGAGGAGAUCGUUCAUAUAUUGAGCACAGUUCCGAGAUUAUUCGAGAAGUUUGCGUUGCCCGCCGGCGGACUUAGGAGGUUUUAUGAAGCGAUACAAAUCGACCUUGAUUGUAAUAAAUUACAGUCGCUUAUUGACGCCGAAAUUGAAUACAAUUUAUCGCUCAUCAAUGAUCAUAUAUGCAUGUGGGAUCCUUACGCGCAUAUUUGGAACGUAAACAAGGAUCAGUUUUUAGAACAGUAUCGCUUAGAGAAGCACACGGCGGCAGAAUUUGAUGCUUUGAUAAUUAAUUACAGCAACUUAGCCAAUAGCGUUCAGAUACAGGAGACCAUCAAUCAGAUACAUUUCGUCACGCUCAAUUCGAAUCAUUUGAAGAAAUCAAUAAUCGCUCACUGCCUGGUUUGGCAAACGAAACUGGGUGAGCUUCUACGAAAGAUUACUGAAAGCGACAUUGAUAAAGUAUACGUAUAUGUGGAAAAGAGUAGUGAAGACGCCAUGAAAAUGCCCGCCGACUUAAAUCAAUUGGCCUCAGCCAUCGCCACGUACGAGCAUCUGAUGUCCGAUAUCAGCCGGGUCCAGCACACCUUCCCGCCCAUCACUGACCAAAUGCAGACUUUGGCGAAAUUUGAAGUAGAACUAAGUUCCGAUAUGGUCGCUCGUCACGAGAAUAUACCAGUCAUUUGGGCGGAAUAUUUAGCGCUAUUGGAAGAAGCGAAAAAAGCCUUAGAAUUGAAUAAGGACAAGUUUAAAGCGGACUUAUUGGAGCAAGCUGAGGUUUUCAAAGAAGCAGCCAAGACUUUCUGUGAAGAUUUUUAUGAAACUCUACCCUGUAGUUCUGAGGUCACCGGAAAAGAUGCCAUAUCCCAAUUAAAAGCGUUCAGAGAUCAAUUGAAUGCCCUCCGCGCACAAGAACAGCAGAUCAGAGAUGGGCUCGCGGUCUUUAAUUUAACGACACCAGUAAAUCUGGACCUGCAAAAGAUGGAAAAAGAACUGGAAAAGCUGGAAGAGGUUUGGGGAUUAGUUUUUCAAUGGGAGGAGUCGUGGGAAAAAUACAAAACUCAAACGUUCUGGGAGAUGGAAACCGAUGAAAUGGAAGAGAACGUUAUGUUUUUGUUUCGUAACUUUAAUAGAUUAUCAAGGCAGCUGAAAGAUAAAGGAUGGGACGUCAUUGAGACAACGCGGGUAAAGGUGGACGCAUUUAGGCGCACUCUGCCUCUAAUUGGUGACUUGAAGAACCCGUGCAUGAGAGAGAGGCAUUGGGAACGAAUCAAAACUUUGAUGGCGGUAGAGUUUGAUGAGAAUUCGGAAGAUUUCAAACUAGAGGUCAUAAUGCGUCUCAACUUCCAAGCAUACUCAGAUGAAAUAGCAGAAAUAUCGAAUGCUGCCACAAUGGAAUUGAAUAUAGAAAACGGAUUGAAGGCCAUCAGAGAAGUGUGGAAGAACACGACUUACGAGAUGCAACAGCACAAGGGAGAAAUGUAUAGAAUUAAGAAUGUCGAAGACGUUAUGCAGUUCUUGGAGGAUCAUCAAGUGCAACUGUCGUCGAUGAAAUCAACCAAAUACGUUGAGCCGUUCAUAAAGGAAGUCGAUUACUGGGAAAAGUCUUUGGGCUAUGUUGCCGAGUGUAUUGAGAUUGCAUUGCAAGUGCAACGACGUUAUUUGUAUCUCGAAAGUAUUUUUUGCGGUGAAGACAUAAGAAAACAAUUGCCGAGCGAAGUGCAAAUAUUCGAUGCGCUGACGGAUGACUGGACUGAGAUAACGAGCAACAUGUACGCGGGAACAAAUGCUGUGGAGGCUUGUCUGUAUAACCCUGCUCCGUACGUGUAUAAUAAGUUAAACUCGAUGGUUGACAAUUUGGAUGGUAUAUUAAGAGCACUGGAAAAGUAUUUGGAAACAAAACGCCAAUUAUUCCCGAGAUUUUAUUUCGUUUCUAAUGAUGAUAUGCUUGAGAUUUUGGGAAAUUCGAAAAAGCCACAGCUUAUUCAAACACAUUUGAAAAAGCUGUUUGAUAACGUUAACAAGAUUCGAAUCGACAAGAAUGCCCUAGGUCUUCCAGUCGCUAAAGCCAUGAUGUCUGAAGACGGAGAAUGUAUUGAAUGGAAAUAUAAUUUGGUAUUGGAUGGUCCUGCUGAAGUGUGGUUACUUGGCUUGGAGCAUACCAUGAGAGUAGUUCUGAGAGAGCAAUUGAUACUGACUCGAGCAGCUUUGAGGAAAUGUCGUUACCAACGCGAACAAUGGAUCAAUGAUUGGCCCGGACAGCUCGGGAUUACGGCUAGCAAGAUCCAAUGGACGUCAGAUUGCACAAGAACUUUGUGCCGAUGCGAAAUCAUGAACGAAAAAAAACCGAUGAAGAAAUUGCGCAAGAAACAAAAUCAAAUAUUGAGCACCUUACAAAUGAUGUCGAGGAAGGAGAUUUCGAAGAUACUGAGGUGUAAAGUCAACGCUUUGUGCGUCAUAGAGAUACACUCCCGGGAUAUGGUCGAUAAGAUGUAUAAAUUAGGUUGUAUGACAGUUUCUGCGUUCGAAUGGUUUUCUCAGCUGAAGUUCUACUGGGAUAGAGAACGAGAAGACUGCUACAUUCGACAGACAAAUACGAACUCUAUUUACACAUACGAAUAUAUCGGGAAUUCUGGACGUUUGGUCAUUACACCGCUCACUGACAGAUGCUAUAUAACGUUAACAACAGCCCUCCAUCUGUUCCGAGGAGGAAGUCCUCAGGGUCCAGCUGGUACAGGAAAGACUGAGACCACUAAGGAUCUUGGCAGAGCUCUGGCUCGAUGGGUGGUUGUGACCAAUUGCUCUGAUGGGUUGGACUAUAAGUCGAUGGCGAAAUGCUUUGCAGGUAUAGCCCAAAGUGGAUGCUGGGGAUGCUUUGACGAGUUCAAUCGCAUCAACAUUGAGGUGCUCUCGGUGGUCGCUCAGCAAAUCCUGGCCGUACUGUUGGCACUGUCUCUGUACCAGAAGAAGUUCGUCUUCGAAGGUUCCGAGAUCAAACUGGACGGCAACUGCGGAAUAUUCAUAACGAUGAACCCUGGGUACGCGGGACGAACCGAACUACCCGAUAAUCUCAAGUCAAUGUUCCGUCCCAUCGCGAUGUGUGUGCCGGACUCGCUCAUCAUAGCCGAGAACACUUUGUUCUCUGAUGGAUUCACCGCAUACAAAAUUAACGCUAAGAAGGUGUUCACGUUGUACCAACUCGCAACGCAACAGCUCUCCAAACAGGAUCACUACGACUUUGGACUUAGGUCGAUGGUCGCCUUACUCCGGUACGCCGGAGUGAAGAGACGCGCCUACCCUCAUCUACCGGAACAAGAGAUGGUAAUCUUGGCGAUGCGCGACAUGAAUGUGGCUCGUUUGACAGCCAAAGACGUGCCGCUCUUCGACGGCAUCAUGCAAGACAUCUUCCCUGAUGUGGAGAUUCCGACCUUGGACUACGAGCUGCUGGAGACAGCUAUCGCGGCGGAGAUGAGACAGGCCGGGUUGCAGCCAACGCGAGCUGCGCUGCACAAAGUGAUACAAACUUUUGAGACCAAGAACUCUCGCCAUUCUAGCAUCCUGCUGGGAGACACCAACACCGCCAAGUCGGUUUCCUGGCGCAUGCUGUCCGCUACCAUCAGUCGUCUGUGCAGAGAGAACGUCCCGGGCUUCGAGAACGUCCAGGUCCACCCCAUGAACCCGAAGGCUCUGACGCUGGGAGAACUAUACGGGGAGUACAACCUGGCCACUGGGGAGUGGAAGGACGGGGUUCUGUCGUCCAUCAUGAGGACCAUUUGUCAAGACGAAUCUCCGGAUCAGAAGUGGAUUAUCUUCGACGGGCCCGUUGAUGCCAUUUGGAUUGAGAACCUUAAUUCGGUGAUGGACGAUAACAAGCUCCUCACGUUGGUCAACAGCGAGAGGAUCUCCAUGCCGAGACAAGUGUCUCUAUUAAUCGAGACUCUGGACUUGGCUGUGGCCUCUCCAGCUACUGUCUCCAGAAACGGCAUGGUGUACAACGACUACAAGGAUUGGGGCUGGUGGCCAUACGUCAACUCUUGGUUGGAGACCAUCAGUGACUUGGAGUAUCGGGAAAUGCUCCGGCGGCACUUUCAAAAUAUUCUGACCCCGGUACUGGAGCUGAAGCGGCUACAGCUGACUGAGGGUCCGUCGGUGCGCGGCCAGGAGCUGACCGGGGUGCGCGCCCUGUGCAGACUGCUGGGCCUGCUCCCCCCGCCCGCCGCCCCGCUGCCCGACGAGGAGGACAAUGAGAACUUUUCCAAGAUGCGAUUUUUGUUUGCUUUGGUGUGGUCGGUGUGCGCGACCCUCGAGGAAGAGUCGCGUCGCAAGAUCGACAACUGGAUCCGGGAGCACGAAGGCAUCUUCCCGCUGAAGGACACGGUGUACGAUUACUACGUGGACGAGAGGCUGCGGCAGUUCAAGCCCUGGGAGGACAAGCUGCCCGACAACUGGAGGUUCAAUGCCGGUCUGGGUUUCCACACGAUCUUGGUGCCGACCGUGGAGUUCAUCCGAGUUCAGAUAGUGGCCUUGGAGAUGCUGCGGGCCGGUCGCGGCGUGCUGGUUGGUGGCGCCACCGGGACAGGGAAGACGUUCCUCGUCCAGGGAACGUUGGCCAGCCUCGACCCGGACAGGUACAGCACGCAGGUCAUCAACAUGUCUGCCCAGACCACGGCCGCGAACGUCCAGGAUAUUAUUGAGGCAAGACUCGAGAAGAGAACCAAAGGGAACUAUGUGCCAGCCGGAGGCAAGAAGAUGAUAGCGUUCCUAGACGAUAUAAACAUGCCGGUGCGGGACGAGUACGGGUCGCAGCCCCCGCUGGAGCUGGUCCGCCUGUGGAACGACUACGGCUACUGGUUCGACCGGCAGAAGCAAUGGCGCAAGAACGUUAAGGACAUGGUGCUGUGCGGGGCCGCCGGACCGCCGGGGGGCGCCCGCAGCGCGCUGCCCCCCCGCCUGCUGUCCUGCUUCCAUGCCUUCUACCUGCCGCCCCCCACGCAGUCCCAGCUCAUCAAGAUCUUCGGGACGAUGCUAUCCCAACAUCUCCAGGAGUUCGACGAGGAGACUAAAAGUGUCGGUAAAAUCGUCCUCGCGGCCACGAUCGACAUGUUCAACAAUAUCGUGGCCAAGCUCCUGCCGACUCCGAGCAAGAUGCAUUAUUUGUUUAAUCUGAGGGACAUCUCCAAGAUAUUUCAGGGUCUCCUCCGCAGCAACAAGGACUACACAAACACGAAGCCGCGAUUCCUUAGGCUUUGGAUCCACGAGUGUUUCAGAGUGUUCGGUGAUCGACUUACCGAAGAGAAGGAUCGCGACUGGUUCAUGAACCAAGUGAGCGACAUGUUGGGUAAGCACUUCGAGCUGACGUUCCACGCUCUGUGCCCGAGCAAGAGUCCUCCGUUGUUUGGACAUUUCCUCAACCCCUUCGAAGUUUACGACGAUUUAAACGACCCCGCCGCUCUGAGGAGGUACAUAGCCAAUCAGAUGGAGGAGUACAACAGCUGUCCCGGCGUCGUGAAGAUGGAUUUGGUUCUGUUCAAGGACGCGAUCGAGUACAUUGUUCGUAUUGUCCGGGUCAUAUCGCAGCCGAGGGGCCACAUGCUGUGCGUCGGCAUUGGUGGCUCCGGACGUCAGAGUUUAACUCGCGUCGCGUCUUACAUCUGCGAGUGUAAUUCUUUCCAAGUUGUAGUCACGAAGACUUAUGGAGUGAAAGAUUUUCGUGAAGAUUUGAAGGUCCUGUACACCAGUUGCGGAGUGGACUCCAAGAAGACGACGUUUAUAUUCUGCGACACUCAAAUCGUGGAGGAGACUUUUACAGAGAUAAUCAACAACCUGCUCAGCAGUGGAGAGGUCACCAACCUGUACAAGCCGGACGAGUUUGAGGAUAUCAAACAGGCCUUAGAGAAGCCCAUGAAGGCAGCGAAUUUGAUGCAGACCGCGGAGGCCGUGUACUUGUUCCUGGUGGACAGGGUUCGCGCCAACAUGCACAUCGUGCUCUGCUUCAGCCCCAUCGGGGAUGACUUCAGGAAUCGCAUCCGGCAGUACCCGGCGCUGAUCAACGCGACCACCACGAACUGGUUCUUGGAGUGGCCGCGGGAGGCGCUGCUCGAGGUGGCCUACAAGUUCUUGGACGGGGUCGAGCUGCUCGCCUCCAUUACCGGACAACGGGUGCGUAGGAAGGAGUCUGUGAUCGAGAGUAGGGAGGACUCCCUGCGUGCUUCGGUGGCGUCCAUCAUGUCUCUGGUCCACUCGUCGGUCGGGAAGUACUCGGUGAAGAUGUGGAACGAGAUGAGGAGGACCAACUACGUCACCCCCACCAACUAUCUGGAGCUGGUGACCGGAUACAAAGAAAUGUUAAAAGCGAAACGCUUCGAAGUAGCGCUACAGGCGAACAAGCUGAGAAACGGUCUCGGUAAAGUCGAGGAGACGACCAAACUCGUCGGGCAGAUGUCUGAAGAAUUGGCGGUCGCUCAGGUUCAAGUGGCCGAGUACACGGAUCAGUGUAUCGAGUACAUGGGCGUGAUCAACGCGCAGCAACGGAACGCGGACGAGCAGCAGCGCAGCGUGGCGGCGCGCAGCAAGAAGACGCAGGAGGAGGAGGUGCAGUGCAAGAAGCUGGCCGACGCCGCCAUGCGGGACCUCGCCAGCGCCAUGCCCGCGCUCGAGGAGGCCGUCAAGGCCCUGGACGCGUUGAACAAGAAAGACAUAACCGAAGUGAAGUCCUACGCCAAGCCUCCUCAAAAAGUCGAGAUGGUCCUCGAAGCUGUGCUCAUACUACUGCAGAAAGAGCCGACCUGGGCCGAAGCGAAGCGCCAGCUCGGCGACCAGUACUUCCUCGACCGGCUCCGGGAGUUCGACAAGGACAACAUUUCCGAUAAGACGCUGAAGAAGAUCGGCACUUACACGGCCAAGCCGGACUUCGACCCCGAGAUUGUCGGUACCGUGUCCCUGGCGGCCAAGUCGCUCUGUCUCUGGGUCAGGGCCAUCGAGAAGUACGGCAAGGUUUACAAGAUAGUAAAACCGAAAAAGGAACGUUUGGAAGAGGCGCUAGAGUCGCUUCGUAUGAAGCAACAGAUCCUGGCCGAAGCCCGGGCGAAGCUACGCGAGCUGAGCGAGAUGAUAGCGCGUCUUCAGAAGGAGUACGACGAGAAAGUCGCCCAGAAAGACGAGCUGGAGAGGAAAUCGAAGCUGCUGCAGCUGAAGCUGGAAAGGGCUGAAGCUCUGAUCACUGGGCUUUCAGGUGAAAAGGAACGGUGGGCAUUGACUGUGGAAAGACUCGACGAGGAGUUCACGAGGCUGCCCGGAGACUGUCUGCUGGCUACGGGCUUCGUGGCGUACCUUGGACCUUUUGUUUCUGUAUAUAGGGAGGACUUGCUCGAUCAUUGGUUCAAAGAGGUAUUCAACGAAGAAGUUCCGGUCACUAUGGAGUUGAGCAUGAAGAACUUUUUACUCGACGACGCGAUUCUCAGGGAUUGGAACUAUAUGGGUUUGCCGGAUGACAAUUUUAGCGCAGAAAACGGUAUAAUAGUGGUGAGAGCCACGCGGUGGCCCCUCGCCGUCGACCCUCAAGGUCAGGCCCUCAUUUGGAUAUCCAAACUUGAAGAACCUAAUGGCAUACAGGUAGUCGACUUCGGGCAGCCUAACUAUUUGAAAGUUAUGGAGUCAUGUCUAAUGGAAGGGAAGCCGGUAAUCAUUCAAAACGUUGGCGAGAUUCUAGAUCCUUCCAUAGCCCCGAUCUUGGACAAGGCCAUCGUGAAAAUCGGGAAUGAUCUGGUCAUAAAGUUUAAUGAGAAAAUGAUACCUUAUAAUACCAAGUUCAAAAUGUAUUUGACCACUAAGCUCGGUAAUCCCGUUUAUACACCCGAGACCCUGACGAAGACCACAAUGGUGAACUUUGCUGUCAAAGAAGAAGGUCUGACGGCGCAGUUGCUCGGCAUAGUCGUCAGGAAGGAGCGGCCGCAGCUCGAACAGAUGAAGGAUAGUUUGGUUAUGACCAUAGCCAACAAUAAAAAAGUCUUGGUGGACCUCGAGAACGAUCUGCUGCGGAUCAUGUACGAGUCCCAAGUGCCGCUGCUGGAGAACGAAGAGCUGUUCGUCACGCUCCAGAUCUCACAGCGAACGUCUGAGGAAGUCAAGGAGGCGCUGAUCACGUCUCAGGUCACCGAGAAGGAGAUUGAUGCUGCAAGACAGGGAUACGUGCCAGUCGCGGUGCGGGCCUCCGUGCUCUUCUUCGCUCUGAACGACUUGUCGCGUAUCGACCCGAUGUACCAGUUCUCUCUGGAAGCGUACAUAGACUUGUUCACUUACUCCAUAGACAAAAGCCCCAAAGGAGGCGAACUGGAAGACAGGAUUAAUAAUUUGAAUGAAUAUCACACGUACUCUGUUUAUAAGAACACGUGCCGCGCGCUGUUCGAGCGACACAAGCUGCUGCUCUCGUUCCACAUCGUGUCCCGGAUCCUGUUCCAAAUGAACAAGAUGAGCGCGCACGAGUACCUGUUCCUGCUGAAGGGCGGCGUCGUCCUGGACAGAUCCGAACAACCCGAGAAUCCUACCAACUGGAUGCCGGACGAGUGCUGGGACAACGUGACGGAGCUGGACAAGCUGCCGGGCUUCCACGGGGUGGUCGACGCCUUCGAGACCUUCAGCAAGGACUGGAGGGACUGGUACCUCCACCCGGAGCCGGAGUCGCAGCCGCUCAUAGGCGAAUGGAACGACAUCUGCAACGACUUCCAGAAGAUCCUGUUCAUCCGCUGCCUGCGCGCGGACCGCGUGUCCGCCUGCGUCACCGCCUUCAUCGUCAGCGUGCUGGGCGCCCGCUACGUGGAGCCCCCCGUGCUCGACAUCAAGCAAGCCUGGGAGGAGUCCACGUGGAAGACGUCGCUGCUGUUCGUGCUGUCCCCGGGAGUGGACCCCACGGCCUCGCUCAUCCAGCUGGCGCGCGACGUCAAGAUGGCGGACAAGUUCCAGUCCCUCAGUCUCGGGCAGGGACAGGCGCCGGCCGCCGUCAGGCUGCUGAGCCGCGGCAUGCGCGAGGGCGGGUGGGUGUACCUGGCGAACUGCCACCUGGCGUGCGCGUGGCUGGCGGGGCUGCGGCUGGACGCGUCGCGCGUGCACGCCCGCUUCCGCCUGUGGCUGUCGUCGCUGCCCGACGCGCGCUUCCCGCUCGCCGUGCUGCAGCGGAGCAUCAAGAUGACGACGGAGCCGCCCCAGGGCCUCAAAGGGAAUCUGGUUCGUAUAUACGCGAACAUGAACGAGGAUCGCUUCGACGAAGCGACGCCGAAGUAUCGACGGCUCCUGUUCUGCGUCUCGUUCUUCCACUGCACGCUCAUCGCCAGGAAGCGGUUCCGGCAGCUCGGAUACAACGCCGUCUACAGCUUCAACGAUGCCGACUUUGACGUAUCAGAUAAUUUGCUGUCUAACUACUUGGAGGAAUACGAUGAGGUUCCGUGGGAUGCUUUACGUUAUCUGUUCGCGAUCAUCAACUACGGAGGACACAUCACGGACGAUUGGGACAAGCGCGUGCUGAUCGCUUACAUCAAUCAGUUCUUUUGCGAGGAAGCUCUCGAUACACCGUUUUAUAGACUGUCGUCGAUGCCGUCGUACCACAUCCCGCGCGACGGCAGCCUGGAGUCGUACCGCGACUUCCUGGAGCUGCUGCCUGGGUACGAGCGCGCGGAGUCCGUCGGGCAGCACGCCUCCGCCGACGUGGCCACCCUGGCGCAGGAUGCGUUGAUAAUGUGCUCCACGCUGUUCGCUCUGGCUUCCACCGGGGGAGGCGGGGGGGGCAGCGGGGACGACCAGAAGGUGAACGAGCUGGCGGCGGAGAUGCUCUCAAAGCUCCCGAACAAGAUUGACGUGGAGACCACGGAGAGAAUGAUGGGGCCGGAGAUUGUGAUGCCCAUGUGCGUCUCCCUGCUACAGGAGAUUGGCUACUACAAUACCCUGCUGACCGGCAUUGUGGGCGGGCUCAAGGAGCUCCGACGCGCCAUCGAGGGUCUGGUCGUGAUGUCCGAAGUGCUGGAGGACAUGAACACUUGCAUCUUCGAGGGGAGGGUGCCGAUUUUUUGGCAGAAAGGUCGUCCGUCGAUGAAGCCGCUAGGGUCGUGGUGCCGCGAGCUGUGUCUCCGCGGGACGCACCUGGCGGCGUGGGCCGGCGCCCCGCGCGCCCCGCCCACGCUGUGCUGGCUGCCCGCGCUCGUCGCUCCGACCGGCUUCCUCACCGCCGUCAUGCAGACCACGGCCCGUGGCGAGGGUUGGCCCAUAGACACGCUGUGCUGGGAGUUCACCGUUAUGCCGCUCGAGGAAACCGCCUUCGUCCGCCCUCCGAGAGAUGGUGGGGUUUACAUCAGAGGCCAAUACUUGGAAGGGGCGAGCUGGUUUAAGAAAGAAGGGUAUCUACAGGAACCCCUUCCCAUGCAGCUGGUGUUUCCCAUGACGCCAAUACACUUCAAGCCGAUCAGAGCCACCGGGAGACGACUGAAGAACCGGUACACGUGCCCUUGUUACUACUACCCGCUGCGGCAGGGAGCGUUCGUGGUGGCCGUGGACCUACCGUCUGGGAAGGAGUCCUCCGAUUUCUGGGUUAAAAGAGGAACGGCCUUGUUGUGUACUUUAGCUACGUAAAUAAAUAUAUUAAUGAA